UUGAAACCAAAUAUAUAACGUAUUUACUAUCUAAGUCAUGGUUAGGAAUUUACGUUGAGCAAUUAAAUUUUAGCCAUUAAAUUCAACUUAUGCCACGUGUCACUUGAGAAAAAUGGAGAAAAGAGAGAUGGAGAGGAGCCAGAUCCCUAUAUAUAAAGCAAAUAAGCAGCCCAUAUAUAAUCCUCCAAAACACAACAAAAACUGAUUGAGCCAUAUCCAAAAAUGUUGUUAGCAAUAACAUUAGUGUGUGUGUUUGGUUUAUUUUUUCAUCUUUACAAUUCGCUUGUAAUAAAGCCAAGAAGGCUCCAAUCAGCUCUUAGAAAGCAGGGAAUAGUUGGGCCACAGCCAAAAUUUCUUCUUGGAAACAUCUUGGAGAUGAAAAAAUCAUGUGAGGCUGCUAAAAAAAUGGUCUCAAAUGGAGAUGUAGUGGACUGCCAUAACUGUGGAGCAACUAUCCUUCCCUUCUUUGAUCAAUGGCAGAGACAAUAUGGUGAUGUAUUCAUGUUUUCUCUUGGCAACACACAAAUUGUGCAUGUGACACAACCAGACAUGGUGAGAGAGAUCACUACUUGCACAUCCUUGGAUUUGGGAAAGCCAACAUAUCAAGCAAAAGAGAGGGGCUCUUUGUUAGGCAAUGGGAUCCUAACUUCAAAUGGACCUUUUUGGGCACAUCAAAGAAAAAUUCUUGCUCCUGAGUUAUAUAUGGAAAAAGUAAAGGGUAUGAUAAAUUUAAUGCAGGAUUCUGCAUUAACAUUGUUGAGUUCAUGGAAUAAUCAAAUUGAAGCUCAAGGUGGGAUUGCUGACAUUAAAAUUGAUCAAGACAUGAGAAGAUUCUCUGGAGAUGUUAUUUCUAAAGCAUGUUUUGGAAGCAAUUUUUCCAAAGGAGAAGAAAUCUUCUAUAAGCUCAGAGCUCUCCAAGAGGCUUCUUCCAAAAAGGUCCUGUCUUCCGGAAUUCCCGGCAUCAGAUAUAUUCCUAGCAAGAACAACAGGGAAACAUGGGGCUUAGAGAAGGAAAUCAAAGCAUUGAUCUUGAAAAUAGUGAAGGAAAAAAGAUCAGAAGCAGGUGGAAGUAAUCAAAAAGAUUUACUGCAAAUGGUUCUUGAAGGAGCUACAAUAAACAUGACUACUCAAAAUGCAAUUGAUAAUUUUAUAGUUGAUAACUGCAAAAAUAUUUACUUGGCUGGUUAUGAGACCACUGCUGUUGCUGCCACCUGGUGCAUCAUGCUUUUGGCCUCAAAUCCAAAUUGGCAACAACGUGUUCGUGAUGAAGUCGUACAAAUUUGUAAGGGACAAAUUCCUGACGCUAACAUGAUUCGACAGAUGAAACAGUUAACAAUGGUGAUUAACGAAUCAUUGCGUCUUUAUCCACCAGUAGCAGUGAUAUCAAGAGAAGCAUUAAAAGAAAUGAAGUUUGGAGAAAUUAAUGUUCCUAAAGGUGUCAAUAUUUGGACAAUUGUGACAACAUUACACACUGAUCCAAAAAUAUGGGGAACAGAUUCUUACAAGUUUAAUCCACAAAGAUUUGCAAAUGGAAUUAGAGGUGCAUGUGAAUUUCCACAUGUGUACAUGCCUUUUGGGGUUGGACCAAGGGUCUGUUUGGGACAAAAUUUGGCUAUGGUGGAGCUUAAGAUACUCAUUUCUUUAAUUUUGACCAAAUUUUCUUUCUCAAUUUCACCAAAAUAUGUUCAUUGUCCAGCUCUGAAUUUGGUCAUUGAGCCAGGACAUGGUGUCUAUCUGUCAUUGAGGAAGUUGUGAUCAAAUAGAGUUGAUCUUGGAUGCUACUUUUCCAUUUAUGUAAUCAGCACACAACAGAGAUAAGAUUUUCAUCAUCUACUAUAUAUAUAGAGAGAGAAAAAAAAACACUCAUUUAUACAAUGUAAUUUUCUAUUGAAGGAGGUUCAGAUGAAUCUCUUGCGC